UAUUUCGUACAGAUUUCGUGUUGUUUAUUUCCAAUGUGUGAUGUUAUAAUGACAUAAAGAUACAAGAAUGUUCAAGCAGAUUCACUAUUUCGGAUUGCUUCUUUUUAUAUUAUCAGUUAUAUAUGUGGCUAGGUCAGUUUUGAGACAUUUAUUUGACGACGAAAGCUCGCAAGUGGAUGAGUGGCUCGAUCAAAAUGAUCUUGGAGACUACAAGAAGUUAUUCAAGGAAUAUGGUAUAUCGACGCUGUCGGGUUGCGGCAGCCCGGAGGCGCUGGAGCGGCUGCCGGAGAUGCCGGCGGCGGAGGAGCGGCGGCUGCGGCGCGCGGCGCUGCUGCUGCAACAGCGACUCGUGCUGCGCCAGUGGCUCGUCACCCACCGACUGCAGCACGCGUACUCCAAGUUGCUCAGUCUGGACGUGUGUUCGUUGGAGGAUGUGUACUGGCUGGAGGACUCCACAGCGCGCCACGUCAUCGACGCUAAGGACUUCAGCGCAUGGUGCGCGGCGCGCCAAAGCUUGCCCACUGGCAAGGAGGCUCUGAUCAGCCUCAAGGCCGACCUUUGGAGCACUGUUGUAAAGAAUAGCAAGCAUCAGGACGCUUGGACAUGGGGCGGCAUGCUAGUGGUGUCGGUGUCGGUGUGCGGGCUGGUGACGCUGGCGGCGAUGACGCAGCCCUCGCUGGCGCCCGAGGCCAAGCACUCGCUGCUGCAGUACGUCACCGGGAAGUACCUGCACCCGCCCAGCUGCAAGGUGGAGUGGGGGUGGCAGGAGCCGCAGCCGGUGGGCGAGACCAUGUGCUUCACGGUGCUGUGCUACCAGCGCAACGGACACCCCUACCCCGUGUGCGACACCGACCAGCUCGUCGUCAACAUCACGCACGGCACCAGGAAGAUAUCGGCGGUGCUGGAGCUGGGCUCGGGCGACCCGGCGCAGGCGCACACCGCACGCGUCAAGUUCACCGUGCGCACCGCCGGACUCUACAUCAUAUCCAUCAUGAUCGGGGGUGCGCACGCGGCGGGGGGUCCGUUCCGCAAGUGGUUCGCGGCGGGUCGUCCGGCGGCGCGGCGGUCGCGGGUGGGGCGCGCGCCCGCCGCGCUCGUGUGCACUGCGGGCCGCCCGCGCCAGCUGCACGUGCACCCGCGGGACCAGUUCGACAACCCGGCGCCGCUCGCCACCGGCUUCUCUAUCGAGAUAAAGUCGGUGAGCGGCGAGGUUGACGAGAAGCUGUCGUCGGGCGCGGCGUUCGAGUACGACUCGGUGAACCAGCGCGCGGCGGUCGAGCUGUGCUUCCCCGAGCCCGGCGUCUACCGCGCCGCCAUCUACUACGACGGCGCGCUGCUGCACAACGGGGAGUUCGACUGCAUCGUGCUCACAGCGAGCGAGGCGGCGACGGUGCAGCGCGCGGUGUGCGGCCGCCGCGCGCAGGCUAGCUUCGAGGCGCGCCUGCUGGGCCCCGCGCGGCCCCGCAAGCUGCUGCUGCUGCUCAACAACAAGCACCUCAUGCUCAAGGACUACGUGCUCAAGUUCAUACCCAAGCGCGUCACCACCUACAGACUCUGCCCCUCCACUAAGCUGACGCUGCUCCCGCGGAGCGGGGCUGGCCCGGGCGGGGAGUUCACGCUGGAGGACGGGGCGCAGGCGGUGCGGCUGUACGCGCCGCAACGCGACCUGCUCGCCGCCGCCUUCACGCAGCUCCUCAUCGCCAACUGCGGCGGAGAGGACUCCUUCAAGAACAAGCAGGAGUUCUUCUACAGCGAGAUGCGCAAGGCGCACGCUCGACACCCGCAUGACAAGCUGCCGCUGCGCGUGGUGCGCGCCGAGCUGGUGCGCAGCAGCCUGCGCGCCACCCGUCACUUCACCGUCGCCGACUGGUGCCGCAACUUCGACAUCACCUUCCAGGGCGAGCAGGGUGUGGACUGGGGCGGCGUGCGGCGUGAGUGGUUCUCGCUGGUGUGCGCGCAGCUGUUCGACCCGCGCUUUGGACUCUUCGUGCCCUUCCGCGACUCCCCCACCGCCCUCGUGCACCCCAACCCGCAGCGCCCGCCGCAUUUCCAGUUGAAGCACUUCGAGCUGGCGGGCAAGCUGGUGGGCAAGUGCCUGUACGAGUCUGCGCUGGGCGGGUCGCACCGGCAGCUGGUGCGGGCGCGCCUCACGCGCUCCUUCCUCGCGCAGAUCAUCGGCCUGCGCGUGCACUACAAGUACUUCGAGCAGGACGACCCGGAGCUGUACCUCUCCAAGAUCAAGUACGUGCUGGAGACGGACCUGGACGCGGAGGACGCGCUGGAGCUCACCUUCUCCGAGGACGUGUACGACGCCUCCGGCCGCCUGCUGAACACCACCGACCUCGUGCCCAACGGCUCCACCAUUAAGGUGAGCAACGCGAGCAAACUGCAGUACCUGGAGGCGCUGGCGCAGUGGCGGCUGGCGGCGCGCGUGCGGCGCGAGGUGGCCGCCUUCCUGCGCGGCCUGGCGCUGCUCGUGCCCACCAACCUGCUCGCCAUCUUCGACGAGAACGAGCUCGAGCUGCUGGUGUGCGGCACGGGCGAGGUGUGCGUGGCGGACUGGCGGGCGCACGCGCUGGUGGCGGGCAGCGGGCGCGCGUGGGAGCGGCUGCUGGGCUGGUUCUGGGCCGCGCUCGCCAACUUCAGCGGCGAGGAGCGCGCGCGCCUGCUGCAGUUCACCACCGGCUGCUCGCAGCUGCCGCCCGGCGGCUUCCAGGAGCUGAACCCGCGGUUCCAGAUAACGGCGGCGCCGACGUUCGGUGCGCUGCCGACUGCGCACACCUGCUUCAACCAGUUGUGCCUCCCGGAUUACGACAGCUACGAGCAGCUGGUGCACGCGCUGCUGUGGGCCAUCAACGAGGGCGGCGAGGGCUUCGGCAUGAUAUAAGCGACCCCGCCCCUACCCCACAGGUAUUACAACUACACGCCCCGGGAGCCCAGGGUCUCCCCGGGUCUGUGUCGACCAUGAAUAAAACCUGUAAAUAUUUAAAUGGUUGUGUCUUCGUAAAAUAAUAUCAUUAUACUUGUAAUUGUGACACAACGGAUAAAUGAAAUCUCUUUCAGUAAUAGGAAGAAUAUUGCAACACAUUUGGGUAAGCCGAAGUAUAUUGAAGUAAAUCAAAUAAAAAAGACGUUAGUCAACAUUUUACCUUA